AUGUCCACCAUGAUUGACCCGACCAAGCAGGCUGAAUAUCCGAUUGUCCUGGGUGACCGACUAGCCAAUGAGUCCAAUCUAGACCGGCUCAUUAAUGUGAACUACAAUUACAAAUCCAAGUCUGCAACACCUCAGCAGCGAUCAACAAUCACUCGAUCCUCUCAGUCGCGAGACCUCUACGAUUUGUCCGUCACCGAUAAGCCCUCGAAUGCCGACCACACCCUCACAUAUUCAUAUUUGGGUAGCGAAGACCCUUCCGGCGAUCAAUCGCUAGUUCUGGUCUUUGAUCCCGAACGCAAGGUGUUUGUGCUGGAACCUGUCUCAACCAAGCUCAACUUCAAUUUGCGAUCAGCGCCAGGGAAGACGGAGAAACAAGUCUUGGAGCAAUAUGAACAGCUACGGAUAUCACAAGAGGGUGACCGCACAUCAGGCGAGGACCGCAACGGAGGGAAUGUGACUGAAGACGAAGGACCGGCCGACGAGAGCAACCCGUAUGAUUUCCGGCAUUUCUUACCCAAGGAGGGUGCAGAGGACACCAGGCCCGCUUCACGGAACUCUACGCCAGAGCCAACCAACACAAGCAAAGCAAAUACUCCUGUCCUACCACCAAGUCGACCCGUGGCGAAGCCAGCACCACAACCAAAGGCCCCCAAGGCGUCAGCGAAUCCGCUGCGGGAAGUCAAGCGUGCGCAGAAACCACCUGCCAGGCCAAAAGCAGUUCAGGAGAAGCCGGCCGAGCGGGCUCUGGAACAGGUUUCUAACCGAGAACCGCUGGCUGAACAAGAAGAAUCUCGAUUGUCGGUAUCAGACGCUGGCACAGCAAACGGCUCGCAGCAGUCAGUCCAGUCGCCAGGUUCCAACAUCAUCAUCGAUGGCGAGUUGAUCAUCGACAUGGGCUCGCCACCUCCUAGGCGGGCUUUCAAAGUCAAUCCAUCUUUCUUUUCCUCCAACAAUACGCCCAACGAUGAUGAAGAGGCUCAUGAAUCCGAGGAAGAGAUGGAGUCAUUCAGACUACCAUCUCCAGCUCGGGAAACCCAGCCCCCUUUGACAGGUCCCGCAGAUACUGGAGAUGACCUGGAGGAUGAUGACGAUGCCUUGGCCGCUGAGAUGGAGGCCGCUUUUGAGGCCAGCGCACGCGAAGAAGAAGCCCGCGGUCACCAGUACGGAGGGGGCAACUACUUCAUGACCGCAGGCAGCGACGAAAGCGAAGUGAGCGAGGAGGAGUAA